AUGUCAACAGAAACGAAGCCUGAUCAGAUCACUGGAAGUGUGAUUGCAAAAUUAAUGGGUCUUGAUGAACUGCCACCCCAGCAGCCUAUCCAAAAAAAACAAAGAGUGCUCUCUGAGAAUUAUCUACAAAGAGUUUCUUCUAUUGGCGUUAGAGAGAAACAUUCAGUACACAACUCAUGUAGGUUGAGUGGCGAAGAGCAGAAAGAUUAUAGUGAAGUCUUUCAAAUACUAGAAACAUUAAAGAGUCGCAAGCGCCACAGCAUGUCAGUUGCAAAGAAUAAAAUACGUUCGAGUUCCUCAGGGGCAAAAUUGAUGUUUACAAGUGAGGAAUUCAAGCAAUUGACAGAUGUUUCGAAGGAUACGAGGCUUCAAAGUUCAAAGGAAUGUCACGAUGCACAGGAAGUUAUUGAUUCAAAGACUGAUAAUUUUCCAAAAUAUUUCCAGGGACCAGAGUUUAACAAGAAAGCAAAUAAUCUGCAAGACAUCCCUCGUCUCUCACGGUCAGAGCGCAUUUCAGUCGUAAAGCCACUGUGUCCUUCUGACUGCAGAGAUAUUGGCAGGAGCAGGAAAUUUUGGAGGCUAAGUGAACAAGGAUAUGCAAGGAAAGUUGAAGAUGGCCUUGCGACAUAUUCUUGUGGAAAACUUGGCCUUGAAGUUGCUAAUGAGUUUCUUGGGUCACAAUUGGAUUUGAAUGAUGGAUCAUGCCUCCCCACUAGCAGGAUCGUUGUUCUGAAAUCAAAGCCAGGAAAGGCACAGAAUGCUGGAAGAUGUUUUUCAUCUACUGGUGCUAUCGAGGUUUUUCAUUUAGGUGAUCGGAAGCUUAAAGAGAUUCUCAACGUUCAGAAUGGGAAUUUGCAUGCUGAAGUGAAAGAAAGGAAGAACAUGGACUGUGAUUCAGGACCUGCAAAGUCAAGGUCUCGAUUUUCAAAGCAAAUAAGCAGAAAAACGACGUCUGAAAUUAGGGGUAGUGACACAUUGCCUAAAGAGUCUGAGUCAAUGAUACCUUCUUUGCCUGUUUUUUCUGAUAGGAAGAACCAAUUUCACCUUUCAGAUGAGCCAUAUCUGGCUCGGGAAGCCAAGAAGCAAAUCUCUGAAAGAUGGAAGACGACCAAAAAGUUUCAGCAGGUUGAACUGGUUAGUAGGAGCAAAACUUUGGGUGAAAUGCUUGCCAUCCCCAAUUGUGAAUCAAAGCCAAUAAAGUUUGCUUACAAUCCUGAUAACAGCGAUAAAGUCAUUUCUGACAGUGGAGGUGCAAACUCUAAUACUCCUUUAGGCAUAAGAAGUUCGGAAGUCUGGAAUGAUGGGCAUGUCAGAGACUUACCAAAAUCCAGAUCUCUUCUUGUGAAUUUUAAUACAGUUGCAAGUUCUAAAACCAUGACCAGGCAUAAAUCUCUUCAAAAGUCCAGCUGUAAGAUUUCUCCAUCAAUUCCUCAUCUGCCGUCAAAGAACAAUCAUUCUGCAGAAGCUGAUUACGAAAACAAAAUUGAGGUGAACGAUCCACUCAGCCAAAGUUCCCCGUUUAUUGGUUCAUCUGGACAAAACUAUCAGACCAUGCAAGACCCGUGGGUGACACAGGAGGAGCAAAAGAACGAAGGCAGUGAUGGGCAUCUAUUUGAACAGAAUUCUGAAGUUUGCAAAUCUUCAACGAGCAAUGUUUCUUCAAUCAAUGUGGAAGUUGAUACACUGGCGUCUGAUACUGAAACUGCAGUUCUGAAGAGGUCCCUGUUAUAUCAUGAGUUGCUUGAAUUGGAUCCUAACAACUGUGUCUCGCCAGUAAAAGAUGAAAAUUCUUCUCGUGACCCACCUACUUCAGUUCAACAGGAUAUAUCCACCAGAAUCUCUGAGAUAGAAUCUGUUUCUUCAUACUGCUCUGGCACUGACGGAGACCCAGAAUCUCUGACGAGCAUGGAGGAUGCUUAUCAACCUAGUCCAGAUUCCGUACUGGAACCAUUAUUCAAGAAAGAGUUUUCAUCUACCUCUGACUGUUUUGAGAGUGUCGGUGCUUCUUUACAUGGUUUACAAUCACAUCUUGAACUUAUGAAGUCAGAGGCAUCAGAAACAUUCUCAGAAGGAUCUGGGAUGAUGGUUUCUGGCGAUGAAGAUGCUGGGGAAGGAUCAGUGGAUGACUCUGAAGAAAAUGACAAGAAGAGAUUUUUCAGAGCUGAAGAGAGUAGGGAUUUCUCCUACCUGGUCGAUGUAUUGUCCGAGGCAGGUUUUGACAGUAGGAACCUGCAAACUGGCUUUGAUUCUUGGCACUCUCAAGAAUAUCCAAUAAGCUCUUCUGUCUUUGAGACCCUUGAGAAAAAGUAUGGCGAGCAGAUAUCUUGGAAGAGGUCUGAAAGGAGGCUCCUAUAUGAUCGUAUAAAUUCAGGGCUGAUUGAGAUUCUACAGCCAUCCAUUGGUGUGCCGACAUGGACAAAACCUGUAGCAAGAAGGUUUAGCUUUGGUCUGGGCCAGGAGAUGAUUGACGAGGAGUUGUGGAUGUUGCUGGUUGCCCAGGAAAAGGAAGCCGGCAAGGACUCUGGAAAGGUACUGGGGAAGGAUGACAGGUGGUUAGAGUUGAGUGAUGAUGUUCAGAUCAUCGUUAUAGAAAUAGAAAAUUGUUUGAUGGACGAGCUGGUUGCAGAUGUUGUUUGCAUGGAGAAUUUCUGA